AUGAAUAAAGCGAAAUUUCAUUCAAAUAUAUCAAUACACUAUUGGAAAUUGUUACGUUACCUCUUCGUUGCUCUUCUCGCGCCAAAUGUCACUCGGGCUUGGCGCCAUUCUACUUCAGCAAAGUCUUCGGCGAAAGACAAUCUGAGGAACACUCCUUCAAUCGGUCCUCUUCCCUUUCUUUUGUCUCCUCAAAGCAACUUUCGAUGGAAAGCUUCUAUUGAUCCGAAAACAGGAAUUGCCUCAUCUGAAGAGACAUCUAAAUUUCAAUGGAAACAAAACUAUGAAACUUCUCCUGAAUCCAUGAGAUCCGUGAUUCGAGUAUCACGUCAAUUCAUUUCGCACUAUCCUCAAUGGUUGGCAAGGCCCAAGGUUUCCUUUGGAUUGUUGACAACAAAGACCGAUUCAAAGAGUAACGAAACGACGCUUCGGCCCCGCUUCCUACCGAACCUACCACUUCUUACAUUUGGACCAAUGCAAGUAAUUGGAUCACCCAAGAAACCAUGGUGUCAGUACAAGCUGCCCAUCACAGGCGGGCUCUUGGCGCUUGGAAAUGCCAAAAGGCCAAAGGACAUGGGUUGUCUCUUCUUUGAAACCAACACAAGCCGAGCGAACCUACCCGACAAGGACUCCUGGCCCGAGCUUGCGUGUACUUGCACCUCGGAGAUUGCUGGUGCCUAUCGUCCAUGGAUUGCAGGAGGACCCAGUGCCAAUUUCAUUCGUCCAUGGGCGUAUCUGAGUUCUCAAUCCAUGGUCCACGCCUAUGUGAUGUGGCGGUUUCACAAAGCAUGGAAACGAAGGCUGACUGUGAUCAGUUGA